UCCAUAGCAACCUGCCUGGCAACCAUGUUUUGACUGACCAGGCGGGAUAAGGUAUUUAAUGUGUGUGUGUGCGGCGUUGUGGUCAUUAUUAACUGAAAACUUUACGUACCACGAAAGGGAUUUUUAUAUAUUUUUUUAAGGACAUGCACACAUUAUUCUGGUAUCAAAGUGUGAUCAGUAGGUUCCUUGGGGGUGGACUGAGGUAAGGAUCAGGGAAGAUAGGUGCCCAUGGCCCGGGAGACUGUCUCCUUCAGUCAGUCAGGCCCCACGCCCGUCUGUGUAGACGAGAGUGCGCUGUCAACCCGCACGGGCUGCUACGUCAUCACUCUCACCUUCUCUCAGCCUACACAGCUGGGCGAAAUCACCUUCAGGAACUACUACACAUGGGCCGUGGGCAUUCAUGUGUUGAGGGCGGCCUCCACCUCCUCAGCCAACAUGGGCGGUGUGGUGGGCGCCGGGUUGUUGGGCGGCGACGCGAGCGGAGAGACGGCGUGGGCGUGGAAGGACCCGGGGGCGUGGCAAGUGGGCGUGAAGAAUAAAGUGAUCAUGCCCCACCCACACACAGAGACAGCCAGCCAUGAUUUCGUGUCUGUCACCUGUCUCGAGAGUCGCGUGGACUGGCAGGACGUGAUAGGACUGAGGCUGGUGCUGCGUCAGCCCUCACCCGUCUGGAGGACUUUCUUUAUUGAGGAGAUCACUGCCUACCGUGAACUACCUCGUCUGCCCCCCUUCAGUGUCCCUAUCAUCUCACAUGACGGCCAGGACGAGAAGAGUCAACAAGCGACGCCACUAGAGCGCCUCAUCCAGCAGACUCGGCGAGCCAUGCGCAGCCCCCAAGAUGAAUCUUUAGAGGGAGAACUGUCAGGCGGAGGAUAUGAACUGGUCACCCUGCAGUACACAUGUUAGCCACACAGUAUGUAUCAACACACGCCAAUUGUAACCUCACGCACGAGCAACUUGAAGCAAAGUGGAAAAAAAGUAUCCGCUGAGUAAACUCAGGCAAAAGCGGCAGGGGAAUUUGAAAGAAGUGAAGGUGACAGCAUGUGAUUGAAAGGAAGGUUGACGACUGACUUGGAUCUUGAGGUCCUCGAGGAGUCAAGAGAGUUGUGACAAGUGAAUUCUUAGUGCAGUUCGCAACACCAAUGUGUACCACGAAUAUCUGUAACUGAUGUGGGUCGCUCUUAACAGUACGUUACAACUAAUAAAUAUCCUUAUAUGAUGAAAUGAAUCAGUGUUAGUGUUAAAUAAAUGUAUCAGUGUUAAAUAAAUGUAUCAGUGUUAAAUAAAUGUAUCAGUGUUAAAUAAAUG